GCUUAGUAUUUCAUUGCUCUUCCCAGUGUGUCGGUAUAGUUGAGUUGCAGCUCAAGAAAUUGUUUACUGGAAUGUUUGACAUACUUCAAGAGGUGAUUCGGUUAUAGAGUUGAGAAAACCUAAACUUUGGGAAUUUAAUUGUUAUUGCAGGAUCUUGGCAUUGAAUUGACCACCCGAGGGAGAAGAAUCUCCAGCUGGGUUAUAGUCACAGUCUUCAUACAGCCUGCAGUACUUGUUUGUCUAAUGUGCUUUAAGGAUGAGCCCAGCACUAGGAGCAAUGGAAGUGGAGAACUAUGCAAAGGGAGUCCUCCUAGAGCCAUUUGUUCACCAGGUUGGAGGACAUUCGUGUGUCCUCCGCUUUAAUGACAAGACCAUUUGUAAACCCCUCAUUCAACGGGAACAUCAGUUUUAUGAAACACUGCCACCAGAGAUGUGCCGGUUUACACCAAAGUAUAAAGGAGUCGUUUCUGUAAGUUUUGAGGAAGAUGAAGAAGGAAAUCUAUGCUUAAUUGCCUACCCAUUAUCAGGGGACCAAGCUGAUUUGGAAAAUGUAGAUAACUCCGAAUGUGAACCUAAAAAUAAGCUAAUAAAAUGGAGUAAUAAGAAACCUGUGUUACUAGAAAAUGACAAUUACGGAAAAGAACGGGUCAGGCAAAAUAGGAAAGAAGAGAAAAUGAAAAGCCAUAAACUAGAUGAGGAAUUUGAAUCUAAGAAGUCGGAGGUAUUGUAUUAUAGUAUUGAGAAGAAGUCUGGGAAAGUAAAACAUAACCCCUGGAGCAUGAAGUGUCACCAGCAACAGCUGAAACAUAUGAAGGAUAAUGCCAAGCACAGAAACCAAUACAAAUUUAUUUUACUGGAGAAUUUAACAUGCCGUUAUGAAGUCCCUUGUGUUCUGGACUUGAAAAUGGGAACACGCCAACAUGGGGAUGAUGCAUCUGAGGAAAAGAAAGCUAAUCAAAUCCGUAAAUGUCAGCAAAGCACUUCAGCCAUUAUUGGUGUUCGAGUCUGCGGGAUGCAGGUAUAUCAAGUAGACUCUGGCCAGCUCAUGUUCAUGAAUAAAUACCAUGGAAGGAAGCUUUCUGUACAAGGGUUUAAAGAAGCACUUUACCAAUUUUUAAAUAAUGGAAAGUAUUUACGCAGGGACCUUUUUGAACCUGUUCUUAAGAAACUGUCUGAACUAAAAUCUGUCCUGGAGAAACAGGAGUCAUACCGUUUUUACUCCAGUUCCCUGCUUAUAAUUUAUGAUGGCAAAGAGUCGGCUACAGAUUCCGAUUCUGAAUAUUCUGAAGACCUUUCUGAAGAGUCAGCUGAUGAAUCUGCAGGAGCAUAUGCUUACUCAAACUCCAGCAGCAGUAUGGUUGAUGUCCGUGUGAUUGACUUCGCUCACACAACAUGCAAGUAUUUUGGUGAAGACAGCGUAGUCCAUGAAGGACAGGACACUGGCUAUAUCUUUGGACUUCAAAAUUUAAUAACUAUUAUUAAAGAAAUAAGAGAUGACAACAAUGAAUAAACUAGAAAAGCAUAACGCUAUUGUGAAUGGGUUUUAUUUGUAGUCAGAUUAUCGACUGACCAAUCUCAAGGUCUUGACAUUCGUGGACCUGGUGGUAGACAUUCAUCGGCAGGAGACUUAACAGAAUGGGCAUUUCCUCAGUUGGUGCUGGAAAAAGGCACUUACAGAUAUCUAUUUAUUUUAAAUAUUUCACAAACAUUCCAUAUUAUUUGACAUGUCAAAUACCUCUGUAUUUCUGUGCGUAACUGUUCAUAAAUAAAAUCUUGUUUUGUGGUA